GGUCGGUGGUGGGGCCUGCCCCGCGUCCUGUCCGGUUGGUUACCCGUCCGUUCCUUGUCCUUGUUCGGCUCCUGCUGGCCGGAAAGGCGGAACUGAGUCACCGAGUGUCUAGGCUGGGACACGCUGACGGCCGAGAGCAGAAUACUUCUUUGGAAAUGAGUUGCACAAUUGAGAAGGCACUUGCUGAUGCUAAAGCCCUGGUGGAAAGGUUGAGAGACCAUGAUGACGCAGCAGAGUCUCUGAUCGAACAGACCACAGCUCUCAACAAGCGAGUAGAAGCAAUGAAGCAGUACCAGGAAGAAAUUCAAGAACUUAAUGAAGUUGCAAGGCAUCGACCUAGGUCCACGUUAGUUAUGGGAAUCCAGCAAGAAAACAGACAAAUCAGAGAACUGCAACAAGAGAACAAAGAAUUACGUACAUCCUUGGAAGAGCAUCAGUCCGCCUUGGAACUUAUAAUGAGCAAGUACCGAGAACAGAUGUUUAGACUGCUAAUGGCUAGCAAAAGAGAUGAUCCUGGGAUAAUAAUGAAGUUAAAAGAGCAGCAUUCCAAGGUAAUCCAUUCCAUAGUGGGGCUUCAGAUGGAAUAGAGGGACAAGUAUGGGAUUUAGAGUUUUUAAAAAUCACAGAUUUGCAUUAACACACUUUAAUAAUAUUAAAUACUGCAUCUUUUUCCUUGACAUAUUCUGCUUUUUCUUUUUCUAAUUCUUCAUUAUAUAUCAUUUUCUGUAGGAUUGGUUCUAAUGAUGAAAGCAU